AUGGCAACUUUUGAUGAUGUCUUAGUGAACAUAGGAGGCUUUGGACAAUAUCAAAAGAUGAUUUUCUUUCUGAUAUACCUGACAUCAGCGGUGUUCUCCUACCUGUACAUUGGGUUUGUCUUUUUAGCGGUUACUCCUGACCAUUGGUGCAGGAGUCCUGGGGUGACUGAGCUAAGAGAUAAGUGCAACUGGUCUCUGGAACAGGAAAAGAAUUAUACACUGCCUCUGGGACGAUCCGGCAGCUCCUCAUACAGUCAGUGUGAGAGAUAUGAUGUCGAAUGGAAUUCCUCUUUGGGCAGCUGUGAAAAUCCACUGCUGUUUGUCCAGAAUGGUUCCCGAGAUUUACCACUUACAACUUGCCAGGAUGGAUGGGCUUUUGAAAAUGGCUCAUCCUCCAGUAUUGUGACUGAGUUUGAACUGGUAUGUGCUGAUGCCUGGAAACUGGAUCUGACUCAAGCUUGUCUAAACCUGGGAUUUAUGCUUGGAACAAUAAGCAUGGGCUACGCAGCGGACAUAUUUGGCAGGAAACUUUGCUUCUUGUUUGCGACCUUUGUGACCUCAGUGUCGGGUCUUCUACUGGCAUUCUCCCCAAGCUACACCUGGUUUGUGAUCUUCCGCAUUCUGCAAGGCCUCUUCAGCAGGGGAGGUUGGCUAUGUGCUAAUGUCUUAAUCACUGAACUUGUUGUGUCAGAGUACAGAAGAACAGCAGGGAUUCUAAACCAAUUGUCCUUCAGUUUUGGGGUCAUGCUUCUUCCAGCCAUUGCAUAUUUUUUACCAGCUUGGAGAAACUUGCAACUGGCGAUUACCAUCCCAAACUUCCUGUUCUUGACCUAUUACUGGUUGAUUCCGGAGUCUCCCAGGUGGCUGCUCUCUCAGAGGAAAGUCGCAGAAGCCUUGAAAGUUCUGCAGCAGGUGGCAAAAAGGAACGGCAACAUCCUCUCGAUGAAGCUCGAGGUGACUAACUCUGUUGACCAGAAUGGCGAAAAGGCGAACUGUCCUUCUGUAAUAGAGCUAGUCAGGACACCUCAGAUGAGGAAACAUACCCUCAUUUUGAUGGUGAACUGGUUUACAAGUGCAUUGGUGUAUCAAGGUCUUGUCAUGCGUUUGGGAACCCUGGGAGGAAACAUUUACCUUGAUGUGUUUAUCUCGGGAGCUGUGGAAAUCCCAGCAUCAGUCAUUAUCCUUUUAGUGAUUGAACGGAUUGGACGGCGUCUUCCCUUCGCAACAGGUGGCCUGCUGUUGGGGGGCUCCUGUUUAACAGCGGCGUUCAUCCCUGACAGUAUGUCCUGGCUGAAAACAGUAGCCAUAUGCUUGGGCAGACUGGGAAUAACUGUGAGCUUGGAGAUGGUUUGUUUUGUCAAUAUGGAGCUGUACCCUACAUAUUUAAGGAACUUUGCUGUCUCUGUGUGUGCAGUGCUGUCUGAUAUUGGAGGAAUUAUUUCCCCAUUCGUCGUGUACAGGCUGGCUGCUUUCUGGAUUGAAAUGCCCCUUAUAGUUUUUGGGGUGAUUGGUUUGAUUGCUGGCAGCCUAGUGUUGCUCUUGCCUGAAACGAAGGGAUUGACUUUACCAGACACCAUCGAGGAUGUGGAGAACAUCAGGUAA